AUGCGACCUGGACUGUCGGUUACCCAGAUCGUUGGCGCAAGCCUAGUCGCAACCCAAUUUGCGAGCGCAUUAUUACCUCGCACAAAAAUCAACGAUGCGUAUGACUUUGUGAUUGUUGGAGGAGGUCAAGCCGGACUCGUGUUAGGUGCCCGUCUUUCAGAGAAUAAGAACCACACUGUACUCGUUCUUGAGUCAGGUGGCAAUGGAGACGAAUUUCGCAAGCGAAUAGAUACGCCGGCGUUUUCUUAUUUCGAUUCUUUAUGGACAACGCCUUUGAAUUGGGAUUUCUAUACUGUUGCCCAACCUAAUGCUGACGGCCGCGAGAUUAAUUGGCCUCGUGGCAAGGUCCUUGGAGGUAGUUCCGCCAUCAAUGGGCUGUAUAUGACCCGCCCGGGCCAAGAGGAAAUCAAUGCCUGGAAAGACAUGCUCGGAGAUAUGUAUGGUGCCGACAACUGGUCGUGGGACUCGUUCUACGCCGCUAUGAAGAAAAGCGAGACCUUCACUCCUCCAACCGAUCAAGAUCUCAUUGAAGAGGCUGGGCUCGUCUGGAAUGCAUCAUCUCAUGGCACCGACGGGCCAAUCCAUACAACAUUCCCAGACUUCACAUUUCCCGAAGUGGGCAACUGGUUAAAGGCACUACAGAGCACGGGCAUUCCCACUUCUGCCAACAUGUACGGAGGUGAGAACUUGGGUGCUGACGUCUCAACCUCCUGCAUCAACCCUUCAAAUUGGACACGGUCAUACAGUCGUUCCGGUUAUCUCGAUCCGCUUGCAGACCGGGGCAACUACGAUGUAUUGGCGAAUGCGCAUGUGACUCGGCUUGUUUUCGACAAUUCGACAUCUUCCGGCAAGAAAACAGCAAGUGCUGUGGAAUAUACAACUGAUGGCGGAUCAACGAAAUUGAACGUCAAGGUCAUUAAGGAAGUCAUCCUUGCGGGUGGUACUAUUGGCAGCCCAGCUGUAUUGCUUUACAGUGGUAUCGGCCCCAAGGACGUCCUCUCCAAGGCCGGUGUUGAUCUUAUAUCUGAACUUCCUGGUGUCGGUCAACAUCUUCAAGACCAUUUUAGUGCCACAGUGAAAUGGAGCUCGAAUGUGGACACCGCAGGUUCGAUCUUCUACAUCAACGGCAAUGAUAAGAACAAUACUAAAUUCCUCACUUACAUCGAUUCCGCCGUUGCCUACGUGAAUUCCACCGCUAUGUACGGCAGUCAAGUGAAUGAGUACGACUCGAAAUUCCUCGCGUCAAUCGAUCAGUAUGCACCGAACACGACUUAUGACGAUGGCGUGAUCACCGGCUACAAAGCAAUCUGUAACACAACAUCGAAGAUCUUUAACGGCUCGACUGGUCAAAUCGAGCUGCUGUUCAUGAACAGCGAUGCAAACGGCGAUAUCGGCAUCACAGCUGCCCUCCAACACCCAUUUAGUCACGGCCGAAUCUACAUCAACUCCUCCAACCCAAUGGACUUCCCUGUCAUUGACCCGAACUACCUGGACAAUCCAGCUGACUCCGAGAUCCUUCUCGCAGGGAUCAAACUUGCCCGCCAAAUAGGCGAAACCAGCCCAAUGAGCAAAAGCCUCACAAACGAAACAUCUCCGGGCUUGAGCGUCCAAAGCGAUGAUGACUGGGUAGCAUGGCUACGCAAGGAAGCUAGCACAGAGUUCCAUCCGUCCUCGUCAUGUGCAAUGCUGCCCGAGAAGCAGGGCGGCGUGGUCGAUGCCAAUCUGCUCGUAUAUGGCCUUGCCAAUGUGCGCGUUGCAGAUGCUAGCGUCAUUCCCAUUGCCUUGUCCACCCACUUGAUGUCAUCGACAUACGGUGUGGCUGAGCAAGCGAGCAAGAUCAUUCGAGAAUUUUACAACCCGCCAUCGAAGCCCGAGCCGGCCUUCGGUAAAUCGACUCCCACAUCUUCCAGCACCGCGACUACUGCGAAGAAGAGUGGUACACUAAAGACCAGUCCCACUGGAAAUGGCGGCCCUGCCUUGUUGCCCGUGUGGACUUCUCUUGCUCUUGUCGCUGCACAUGUGAUUGCUAGCUACGGCCUCUAUAUCUAG